GCGGGUGACAGAACAGGCUCUGCUGAACUUGUCCUGAGACUUCACCAAAACCAAAAUAAAAAUAAAGUUGUUUUUGUUUUUUUUCUGAGACAUGGACCCGCAGCACUCGAGGGCUUGGGGAAGCUGCCCUCUGGGAAUGUCUCUAGAAAGCCAGUGUCUUAGGAGACCCGCACAGUUCUCCAACAGCGGCUCCCCGCGAACCGCAGAGCUUCCCACUGCGCGGGAGCCGGCAGCACCUGCUGCUGCGGUGAGAGGCUUAAACAGAAAUUAGGUGUCCAGCUCUCCUUUCCCAUUUUACACUCUUUGAGUGACUGCGUUUCUUGCUGUUAGAGGCAUUUUGAACCAGGGAACCCAAGGCAGAAUUAAUUGGAGGGGUACAUUUCGGAUAAAAGGAUACUGAAGCCUGAAUUCUUCCAUCGCCUUUUCUCUUUGACCCCCAGAACUUUUGUGGCCAGACUAACAACUCUUAAUGCUCAAAUAAGAGAAUUCUACACACAGAAGGAAAAGUGCACAAGUUGGUCACAGUGAUUUCAGUGAUUGCUUCUGGGAAGAGAAAUAAACUUAGUGUCUAAGGGGAAGAGUGAGGAGACCUUACUAUGUUUUUGUUAUUUUUAAAAUGUUCAUGUGUUGCCUAUUUAAAAAUGAAAUAUACUUUUUUAAAAUGAACAUAUUAUUUUAAGACUCAGCAGUUCCUCUCCCAGGAAUUUAUCUUUUAGAUAGAUCUACAUACAUAUGAAAAUAAUGAAAGUACAGUACUAUAUGGAAAGAUACACGUGAAGCAGAUAAAAUUGGUUGCCUUAAUAGAGGGAGUCUGGAUGCAAGAUAAAAGUGGAUUGAGAGGGGCUUUUUCGUUGUAUAAUCUUGGUAUCUUUUAAACUUCAAAUAUUAUCAAAUGAAUGAAUUUUAAUGUGGACACAGUGGUAGUGGAGAUUCCGAUGUUGAUAAUAUCCUGCAAAAUUAAAAUUCUCUUGUAAAAGGAAUGCUGCAUAACAGUUCCUAAAUUUCAGUGGACUUAGAUCAUUUCAUGGUCAUGGUUCUUCAGUUCAGCUGUGAUUUUGGUCUUAGGUGGACUAGGCUGGACUCUGCGGAGUUCAAAUCUACUCCAUGUGUCUUCAUUCUAGGACCAGGCUGAACAUGGAGAACUACUGGAGCAUGUUUACUUGUGGCUCAGUGAAAAUUCAGAAGGGUUUCUAGGAAUUUGCCUUGUCUCCCAGUAGAAGUAGCACAUUGAAACACCUACCUUUAUUCUGUUAAAUCAAGUCACAUAGCCAAACUCAGAGUCCCUAGAGUAAAGAUGUAUUAUUUGCUUACUGGGAGGCACUGCAAAGUCACAUGCAAGGGUGUGGAUACAUGUUUCUUUUACAGGGAAAGGGAGAUAAGAGUGAUGAUGAAGGAAAUGAGUUAACAGAUGCAAAGAUAUUCAGUUGAGGAUGGUUGAGAAUAAAGUUGCUUACAAAAAUGUGUGUUAAUGUAUAUUUUCUAAAUUAAAAUUGCCCAAGAUAUAGCAUCCUACUUUAAUAUGAGAUAUCUCAAGGCUUCCAUGUCAAGGUAUCAUGUUUGGUUUAUCUUAUAUCUGCCAGUCCUGCCACCCUGCUUUGUAAUCAGUUCUUAGCAUUGGUAGAAACAUUUGUUUGGCUAAAUAAUAUACAUAUAAAGACACCAGUUUUUAAAGAUAUAGUUCUGAAUGUGUUUAUUUCAGCUACUGAAUUUGUUCAUUCUUAGUUCUUAUGUCAUAUCCAUGUCUGACAACUCACCUUUCACAACAGAAUCUUCUUUUCAGGGAGAUGUCCUUUGCUUCUCAGAUGUAAUGCACUUUAAGUUUAUUAUUCAACAGUGAAAAUGAGUCAUACAGAGGUUAAGUUAAAAAUACCUUUUGGAAAUAAGUUGCUGGAUGCUGUUUGUUUGGUACCUAGCAAGAGUUUAACAUACGGAAUAAUUCUUACACAUGGAGCAUCAGGAGAUAUGAAUCUUCCUCAUUUGAUGUCAUUGGCGUCCCAUCUUGCAUCUCAUGGCUUUUUUUGCCUGAGAUUUACCUGUAAAGGCCUUAAUAUUGUGCAUAGAAUUAAGGCAUACAAAGCAGUUUUGAAUUACCUAAAGACCUCAGGAGAAUACAAACUUGCAGGUGUUUUCCUUGGAGGUCGUUCAAUGGGCUCAAGAGCAGCUGCUUCUGUAAUGUGUCAUAUUGAGCCAGAUGAUGCUGAUGGUUUUGUUCGAGGUCUCAUUUGUAUUUCUUAUCCACUGCACCAUCCAAAACAGCAGCAUAAACUCAGAGAUGAAGAUCUCUUUCGUAUAAAAGAUCCUGUACUGUUUGUGUCAGGCUCAGCAGAUGAAAUGUGUGAGAAGAACUUGUUGGAGAAAGUGGCACAGAAAAUGCAAGCUCCCAAUAAAAUCCACUGGAUUGAGAAGGCAAAUCAUUCCAUGGCAGUGAAAGGACGGUCAACAAAUGAUGUUUUCAAAGAAAUAAAUACACAGAUUUUGUUUUGGAUCCAAGAAAUCACUGAAAUGGACAAGAAAUAAUUGUCAUUAGUUAAAAGCCAUGUUAUUUUGAAUACAAGUACAGUUAAUUUGAUAAAGAAUAAUAUACCUCUCAGCAUUAUGAGAUAUAUUUCAGACUAAUGUUCUUUAAUGUUGCCCUAUUUUUGAAACACAUUUUAAUUGUGAAAAUAAUAUUCUUUACAAAAUGUCUUUUGAAAGCACUGUUAUAGUUGUAUGAAGAUGAUGUACAAAUAUUAAAGGUGGUCUAAAUAUAAUUUAUUUUCACUAGUAUAGUUAAGCUUUGAAAAAAUUAAACUUUUGAAUUUUGUUACAACA